AUGGGAAAGCAGAACAGUAAGCUGACCCCGGAGGUGAUGGAGGACCUGGUGAAGAACACAGAGUUUAAUGAACACGAGCUCAAACAGUGGUACAAAGGCUUUCUGAAGGACUGCCCCAGCGGACGCCUCAACCUCGAGGAGUUCCAGCAGUUAUACGUCAAGUUCUUUCCUUACGGCGAUGCAUCCAAGUUCGCGCAGCACGCCUUCAGGACCUUCGAUAAGAACGGAGACGGGACGAUCGACUUCCGAGAGUUCAUCUGCGCUCUGUCCAUCACCUCCAGGGGGAGCUUUGAGCAGAAACUCAACUGGGCGUUCAACAUGUACGACCUGGACGGAGACGGCAAGAUCACACGGGUCGAGAUGCUGGAGAUCAUCGAGGCAAUCUACAAAAUGGUGGGCACCGUGAUCAUGAUGAAGAUGAACGAGGACGGCCUGACACCGGAGCAGAGGGUGGACAAGAUCUUCAGCAAGAUGGAUAAAAACAACGACGACCAAAUCUCACUGGAGGAGUUUAAAGAGGCGGCCAAGAGUGACCCGUCCAUCGUGCUCCUGCUUCAAUGCGACAUGCAGAAGUGA